AUGUAUAAUAAUGUAGAUGAUCAAAGCAGUUUUCUUUUUAAAAAGCUAAUCAAUAAUAUAGUUAUAUCUAAAUUGAUAUUUAAUCAUGUCUAUUCAAUACACAGAGGAUCACCAACCACUUUUAUUAAUCCAACCAAGGGUACAUAUAUAAAUAAUGACUCGCUUGUUACAAUGUUGAAAUUUGGUAGAAAUGAUUUAUUCUUUGAGAAUACACAUUUACUUUUAGAAUAUUUCAAUAGGAAUAAUAGUAAUAGUAAUAAUAAUAAUAAACAAUAUCAACCUAUUUCAACUUUAAAAGAAGCAAUGUUAACAGGUAAUUUAAGAGUUGUCAAUUAUCUAAUGGAUAAUAUAAAGUCAUUGUCUGACUUUGGUGAGCAACCAAUGGCAUUAAAGGAUAUCCUCACAAUUAUCAAACAAGGAUACACGGAAAUCUUUGAUAUCGUACUUUCACUGAGGAUCGACUUUGAACAUAUUGGUAGUAUAUUGUUCACCAUCAUCAAUUCACAUCGAUACUUGAUGCUUGCCAACUUUAUUAAAUAUCUAAUGAUACACCAUCCUGUGGUUAGAGAUUCAAUCAAUCCAGAGUUAUCUGAUUCAGAAGACGACAAUCAAGAUCAUUUCUAUUUAGAUUCAAAUUCAGAAGAGUCAGAGAUAUAUGAGAGUAUAGGAAACUUGGAUUUUAACGGCAACACUGGUGGUGAAUCACUUGGAAAUGGAAAGAUUUUAAAUAUAAAGAUCAAUGAAGCUUUGGAGUCGGAUUCGGAACGAACCUAUGAUCUAUUGCUCAGAUAUCAUAAGAGAAUCAACUUGGCGAAACAUUUCAAACUUGGAGAGAGCUAUCAUGAUGUCUGGCAGGUUAUCACUCUCAAGGCAAUGGAUGCUGGUGAAUACAAAGCCGCUGAAAUGCUAUUCAAACGAAGAAAAAUAUGCUUUCAUGAAAGUAUGUUUGAGUAUGACAACCAGUUCCUACAGCUAGUUCUCAAGUAUUACCAGCGCGAAGAGAUCAUUGUCGACGAUGUCAUCUCACUGGCGAUAUCGCGUGGUGACAUUCAUUCUUUCCGAACCAUUCUAAACUACACGGAGCUAACAGAAGGAAAAAUUCAGCAAGCAUUAAUCUAUCAAUCAUCUAUCGAUAUUAUCAACUAUAUCAUUGACCAUGUUAAGCCCACUACUACAUCUUUGGAGGCUGACGGCAAAUGGAUAUUGGAUGAUCUUUACCAUCAAUAUUGUAGCAUUGAUAUACUGAAAAGAUUGUUAAACAAUAGAUACUUUGAAUGUAGAUUCCGGUUUCUAUUAGCGACUGCUAUUGAACACAGACUGGACGACGUCAUUGAAUAUAUAAUGGAGAAUCAACAACUGUUUCAAAUUGACUAUGUAGCGGCAAUAUCGGCAGCGAUCACUCAUGGCUACUUAAAGAUACUGUCGAUAUUAAUCAAACAAAGUCCUAAUCUUGAAAUAGAGGUACCCGAUCCUUACUCCAGUGACAGGAGCAGUAACUGCCGGCAAGGAAAUACAAGUAAAAUCGAUGGCAAUGCAUAUAUAGCUGCUCUACAGAUGGUUUUAGACAGUUCGAUACGAGUACAAGUUAGUAUAAACGAUAUCUGUUACUUUUUUGCUAGGAGGUUGUCUUGGUAUCCCUUCCUUGAACAAGUCGUUCGUAUGCUACAUCAACGCGGUGUCAUCGAGCACAACGAUAGUGUCGUUGACAUCUCUACAUUCCCAGUAUCGAAAUCGCUCUUGGAACUGCUCGAAGAGAUGCCUAUUAACUACGCCGAUUACUCUAUAUACAACUGCGCAACAUCAGGCUCGUUAGAAUUGUUUCGAUAUCUCAUUGAACGACAUCAACAACUUUGUCCUCCAUCCGCUCUCAAGGCGGCAUGCGAACGUGGAUUCACCGAUAUCGUAAAGUACAUUGUCGAGCGUAAUCUCGUAGAUGAUCAAUAUGUAAUCGAUGCAUUGAGACGUGCCAUUGAAUGUGGAUAUCUCGAUCAAGUUACCUAUAUGUUGGAACACAAAUUCACAGCGGAUUACUUUAGAACGACGCUGAUGAAACCAAAGUUCAUUCGUCAAUCACUAAAGUAUCCAGAUAUUCUAGAGUACUUGUUACCAAGUAGUGAUCUAGACCUACGGUAUCUCCUAAGAUUCCUAAUGACCGAAGAUUCAGAUGCUCAUAGAGAUGCAUUCAACAUCGUGCUAAAACAAUACCUAAAGAAUCACCCAACCACUCAACCAUUCAUAGCAUCAACACCGAAACAACUUGUAAAGAACAACCAAUAUAAAGAGAUACAAUCGAUAUUCGAUCUUAACCUUGUACAUAACACUCAUAGAGAUACAAUACUCAACGAAAUAUAUAAUCUAUCGAUAUCCUAUGGUCAAAUAAAUAUAAUUAAAAUAUGUAAUAAAUUAAUAAUAAACAAUAAUAAUAAUAAAUAA